CACUAAAGACCCUAAAACUCUAAAAUAGCCCUCUCUUCUUUACUACCGGAAAAAAAAACACGUUGGGGUGAAAAAGAGUGAUAAUCUCAUUGUAUAAAUAGUAGGCGAUCUUCCUCUUUAUUUUUUUGUUCCUCAUCUUUCUCAACACAUUUUCUCUUAUUCACACAGUUUGAAUCUCACAUUUUCUUUACUCCACUCCAAUUUCUUCUCACCUCUCUUUUAUACAUCUCUCCAAACAUCAAACAAUGUCCGCCCCUCAGAAUACCAACCUUGCUGAGACUCACGCUGAGUUGACCAAGAAUGAUAGCCAAGUACAUGGCUUGGCUGCCUCCCACUACUCCAAGGCUGCCUCUGCCGAUCGCAUUAACACUGCCAAGGCUGCUCUUGAGGCCAAUGGAUUCAAGGUUCACGUCGUCAACACUCGUUAUGAUGCCUUUGAGGCCCUCAAGACCUUGAUCCCAGCUGGCACCUCAAUCAACAAUGCUCACUCUACCACCUUGGAAGAGAUUGGUUUCAUCACAUACAUCAAGGGCCAAACCCCCUGGAAGAAUGUCCAUGGUGAGAUCUUGGCUGAGAAGGACCCCGCAAAGCAGGCAGAGCUUCGUCGCACCCUUGGUUCAACCGUUGAUUAUUACUUGACCUCAGUUGCUGCGAUCACAGAGGAUGGUCAUCUGGCUCAUGGUGAUUUGUCAGGAUCGAAGGUUGGAGGAGUUGCAUUCGGCGCUGGUAACGUCAUUGUGGUCGCUGGCUCCAACAAGAUUGUGAAGGAUGAAAGCGAGGCGUGGAAGCGUCAGGAGGAAUAUGCGUUGCCUUUGGAGAGUGCACGUGUGAGAAUCGCUUAUGGACUUCCUGCUUCUGCGAUCACUCACUAUGAAGUCAUCCGCAAGGCCAACCCCUUCAAUGCUAACCGCAUUCAAAUCAUCAUUGUCAACGAGGCUCUCGGAUACUAAGAUCUUUUCCUCCUUUUUUUUUCUAAAAAGAAAGAAAAUGUAUAACAAAAAAUAAACGAAUGAAGGAAGACUCGUUUUUGAGAAAAUUAAAGAUUAAUAAAC